CCUCCGCCCGCCCCCCGCGGCAUGACACGCAGGGCCGGCAGCGAAGCUCCGCUUUAAUUGAGGCCGCCGGAAUGGGGCGCGCCGUGUAGGGCACGGUGGGGCCGUUCCGCUCCGGGCCGCAGGCAGCGCGUACCCACGGCCGCGUGGAGCUCGGCACGGUUUGCCGCCGCGGCGGAGGGGAGCGGGUGGAGGGCUGCUGCCGAGCCCCAUGAAAACGCAGGUCUGGGGGAGUUCCCCGCGGGCGCCCAUGGCUGCGGCGAUGCCGUGCAAGAGCGCCGAGUGGCUGCAGGAGGAGCUGGAGUCGGGCGGCGGCCGUUCGCUGUUGCUGCUCGACUGCCGCUCGCACGAGCUGUUCGAGAGCUCGCACAUCGAGACGGCCAUCAAUCUGGCCAUCCCUGGCCUGAUGCUCCGCCGCCUCAAAAAGGGCAACCUGCCCAUCCGUUCUAUCAUCCCCAACCACGAGGACAAGGAGCGCUUCGUCAAGCGUUGCAAGGCCGACACUGUGCUGCUCUACGACGAGGCCACCGCCGACUGGCAGGACGCCGGGGCCGCCGGCUCCGUCCUGGGGCUGCUGCUCCAGAAGCUGCGCGACGACGGCUGCAAAGCCUACUACCUGAAAGGUGGCUUUAAUAAGUUUCAGACUGAAUAUUCAGAGCACUGCGAGACAAACCUUGACAGCUCCUCACCCAACAACUCUCCCCCAGCAUCCGUCCUCGGCCUUGGAGGGCUGCGGAUAAGCUCUGACUGCUCGGAUGGUGAAUCUGACCGGGAACCCAGCAGCGCUACAGAGUCAGAUGGGAGCCCCAUCCCCAGCAAUCAGCCUGCUUUUCCAGUCCAGAUCCUACCAUACCUGUAUCUGGGCUGCGCCAAAGAUUCCACCAACUUGGACAUCCUGGGCAAAUACGGCAUUAAGUACAUCCUGAAUGUGACUCCCAAUCUACCAAACAUGUUUGAGCAUGACGGAGAGUUCAAAUACAAGCAGAUUCCCAUCUCAGAUCACUGGAGCCAGAACCUCUCUCAGUUCUUUCCUGAGGCCAUUGCUUUUAUUGAUGAGGCCCGUUCCAAGAAGUGUGGGAUCCUUGUUCACUGCCUCGCUGGCAUCAGCCGGUCUGUAACAGUCACUGUCGCCUACUUGAUGCAAAAACUCAACUUGUCCCUUAAUGAUGCCUAUGACUUUGUGAAAAGGAAAAAAUCCAACAUCUCCCCAAACUUUAACUUCAUGGGCCAGCUCCUGGAUUUUGAGAGGACUCUGGGACUCAACAGCCCAUGUGACAACCGCUCGCCCAGUGAACAGCUCUACUUUACCACCCCCACCAACCACAACCUGUUUCAGCUGAACACGCUGGAGUCCACAUGAAGAAGAUGCCACCUCAUUGGAAACUUGGGCAUCAAAUUGCUUCUCUUGAGCAUUUCAACUCUUACAAAAAAUGUCUUGCCAGGCAGCUCUGAAAGGACUAGCUUCUCUGGGCAGAGGUGCCUCAUUGCUGCUUUAAGAAGGCUAAUGCCAUUCAUUAGUAUCCCAAUGAAAGUGGUUUGAAUAGGUAGCCUUUUUACAGGGGUUAUCUGACAUGGGCGAUGUUAAAGCAUUUUGAAUGCAGCUGUUGCCAGCAAUAACUCCUUUCCUGGGUGCAUUGGGACCGUCAGAGCAUGCACAUGUGUGAAGAGCUACCAGGGUUGGCUUGCUGUGGAAAGUGAGGAGACUUAUGCACUUGGAAACCUUGAACAAAAAGUGUUGGGCCAAGACUGUUUUAAAACCAAGUUUACUUUUUAGAUUUAAAGAGGAAAAAAAGUAGAUCUUACUCAAGCUUUGGGUUCAAACUCUUUUUAAAUAUGUAAGUUCCUGACUGUUUGUACAGACAAGGUUGCAAAACCGGUAUUUUAUUCUGUUUCUUGUUUGAUCAUUUAUUAUUUUUUUAAUCAAAUGUUUAUAUUGACCAAAUGCAUUUUGCACACUUUGUGAAGCCUUGGUAUGUCCUGGCAUAUUAACUGGGUACUCCAUAGAGAGAUACAUGCUGCUGCUGUUGUUGUUAGCAUCUGGUAGGAAGCUUUGUGAUGUGUGGAAGGCCAAUUGGGCUUAAGCGCAACCCCUUCACCACUCCUGCAUUCGCAAUCAUAAACUCUGCACUGAUUCAGCCAAGGUGACUAAGCUGCAAGUUUGUUUUAAUGCCACCCCUGCCAAAACACUGUUUGCUAUUGCCCAGAGGGAAAACUCUUUGUAGCCUCCAGAGUUGGUAGAAGCAUGUCUGAGCCCAGCUUCGUUUUCUGCUGCCUGUUGACCGACUUAAAGUCAUCCAGCUGGCCUGAAAUCAUUCCAGCUUCCUGGGAAAAGAAAGGAGUCAUGAUGUUGGCAUCCCUGGUGCAGGGUCGAGUCUUUCCCAUGUGUGCACAUGCUUGGGGAGUUGGAUGACAUGGCAAGAGCCUAGAGCAUAGCGGGGGUCCCAUAACAGAAGAGGACUGAAUUGGCACAUGUUGAGUGUGCAAGAGGAGUGGAGAGAUGUGGAAGUGCUGAUGAGUGUUGUAACAGAAUUUUAUAUAUAUAUAUACAUGAAUAUAUAUAUAUUAGCUGGCAAAUUCUGAGAUGACUGGAGCUUUCAACAGAGGUUCUGAUUUUUAUUUUUUUUCUUCCUCUUUCAAAUAACUUUAUGCUGUGCCUUCUAUUCUGAGAAGACUUGUUUAUAUUUUUGGCUAGUGUUUGGCAAACACCUUAUACCGAGCCAGGAGGGGGAGGAAGUGGUAAUAAUCUCUGGGAGCAGGGCAGAACGGAUUUGGAGAUUUCUUUAUUGGCUGCAAUGUAGUCCUUCCUUUCUCCCCCCCUCCCUGGCCACUUUAACUCUCAUGUAACUGAAAAAAAGCCACGGAUUUUUUUCUAAGUAUCCAAUUUUUUUGUACAUUUUUGAAGAAAAAUAAAAAUUAAAAAAAAUCCCUCCAUCUGGAGGAAUGUUUGAUGCUGUCACAUCCUGAAAAAGUUCUUUUUUGUUAAAGAUGUUACCAGAAUGUUGGAAUGAACUUCUUUUGUUGUUUUCUGGUUGUUUUUUGUUUGCUUGUUCAUUAGGUUUUGUUAGUAACAACGAUGGGAUCAUGGGUCAUUAGAAGAGAGAAUGAGUGUAAGUAUGGUUGCGAGUGAGCAAACUGAGAAUAUCUUAAUUUCAUCUUACCUCAUUGAGGAAUUUACUUUUUCAGGGAUUUUUUGACAGUGCAUCUGCAUUGCAUUACAGCUAAGCUGGUUUGUAAAGGCUUCCUGUGUUGUUAGUUGUUUUUUUUCUUUUAAAGAAGAAAGACGAUUUUCUGAUUACAAAUGGAGCUUGUUAGCGAGGAAUGGUUCUGCCUUCUGAGUUAUGAAGGAAAACUAGUGACACUAUAUAUAUACUGAUCCAAUAUUGGGACUUUGUUUAUAUUACAAAUAAAUAUUAUUUUUUCUUUAAAAUUGAUGUUUGUCAGAUGCUUGUCUAGCCUCUGCCCAUAUAAGGGCAUGCUGUUCUCCUAUUCAUUUUUUUUUUUAGUGGUUGAUUAGUAUUCUUCUGUGACCAUGAAAAGUGUUUGCUGGGAGAUGUUCAGGUGUGGUGUUUGGUUUCAUGCACAGUUUUAAUUUUUAAGACCUGUAGGGGUAUGUGGGAGGAUGAGGAGAGGGAUGGGGUAUUGGAUGAAGCAGGGAACAAAGAACAGCUUAAGGAUGGGACUGGCCUUGACCCCAAGCAUUCCUCUGUGCCGAAAAUAAAUAGAUAAAGACUUUUGAUGUUAAGCGUGGCCUGUGAAGGCAUGGCAGAGUUUUGCUCACAACUGCUGUGGUAGCAGAUCUUCUUGCAGGAAAGCAAAUAGUCGGGGCCUUGCAGGUAACCAUCUGAUGAGUUCUGGGUCCCGUGGCUCUGUUCACAGCAGGGCAGGACUUAGCUGGCUCUGCCAGUGUUCAGGACGCUUGUUUUUUUCCUGAGCGCUGGUGCAAGUGGGCUACUAAGAAUGGUUAGGUAAGGUUAUUAACAGCUUGCCAUUUGCAGCUCACCUGGAAACACGCAGGCAAGAACUGGCUGAUGUAGAGCUGGAUGCAAAGUCCAUUGUCCUAGCUCAGGAAAAAUGGGUAUAUAUUUUUUUCCCUCCCAUCAUUCCUUCUUCUGAUCUAACCAGCAAGAAAUGAAAUUACUAUCUAUUUAAUUGUUCCUCAGCUUUGUGCAUAUUUGUUCUUCUAAUCCUCGGGCCUGAGCAGGAAAGAUCUCCAGUUUUACUGCAUAAGGAGCUUGGGCCACUGCAGAGCAGGGUAGGUGGUUGAAGGCUAAAACAGGAGCUUAUGGAGUGUGUGCAGUGAGAAUUUGUUUACUACUUGACUGGAUGAUGGGAAUCUAUAUAUUAGAAGCUUGUUUGUGGCUCAGCAAAUGAAAAUAGCUACCUGCUAUGUGGGGGAAAGAAGGCCUUUAGGUUUUCUCUUGUAAUUACACAGUAGAGUAGCUCCUGAGGAAGGAAUGGAGGAAUGCUGGAGGCUUGUUGUGCACUUGUAAAGGUUUGUCAGGUGUUUGUUUAUAUUUAUUUCCCCUUAAUUUCUUACAGUUUCCUGCUAAGGUGUGGAAUGGGAUAUCUGCAGUUAGCACAAGCUCCGUGAGCAUGUUUGAGCAGUCACUGAGCUGUGUCUGGCUAGAAGACCACAGCUGCUAUUUGCACUGGCCUUGGUCAAAGAACUAACAUGCGGGCAGCUCUUGCAUGGUACCUCAUCCCAGGAGAUGCGAGUCUGAGUAUCCUGCUGCUGCUCCACUUUAAAGCCCCCUUGCCAAAGGAAGGAGAUGACUUGUCUGAAAAGCAUCCUGCCAUCUGCAAAGCAAUCUUUCUUAUGGGACCUGAAGGAGCAUUUUCCAAGCCUUCUGGCCUCAAUGGUGGGGAGCAACAUGCCUGCCUAGUCCUCAGCCAUCACUGUUUUGCAUGUCUUGGCUUCCGGACUUGAGAUAUUUCCUUGGAGAGCCGAUGUCCUGUCAGAGUAAUUUACUGAGGAGACAAGAGCUGACAUCAGGAAAGGGUCAAUGCUAGAAAAAGCCUUACAUGAGAGGAGAGACUGGGGUUUGUCUACGCUCCCUUGCAAAUGUGGGCAUAAAGCGUAGGAGCAAGGGUUGAGUGAGAAAGCUGGUUAUGUUCAGAUUGGUGGAAUUUGGCAAGGAGAUGCUGCUUCCCACAUGCAGCAGAGUGAAACUUCUUGGUUAACACAUUGAUUGCAGGCAAGUCACUUAGAAGAUGCUCUGUGGUACUCCACUCUACAAAACCAGAUAGUCUCCUGCUCUGGCUGGGAAUUUCUUUUUUUUUUUUUUUUUCCCCCAGUGGACCCCUUUGUCUUCUCUCUUGAACAGCUAGAGGGACUGCAGGCUGGUGCUUUCAAAAUGUUUCUCCCUCUGUUUCAAUUAAAGGCAGAAGUUUAAGUAGUUAGUUCUGAAUACUUCCCAUGGGCUUUUGCAUAGCCCAUCCUAGCCUGCCUCCCUCAGUGCUCCUUGGCAGAGCUGGCUGCUCACUCUAGCCAGAGUGGGAAAGGCAAGGAGAGCAAGUACAUCCUGAGCAUGAGGGUAACUGCAUGUGAAACAGGAGAGUAAAUAGAGCAUGUUCUCCGGGCAGUGCAGCAAGGCUUAUUUAUGCUUACACUGACAGAGCAUAGGCAAGGGGAGUUGUGCUCCGAACAACCAUGGAAUGGAGAUGGGAAGGACUCUUUACAGCAUUAGAAUCCCAGGCGAGCAGUAGACAAACUUAGAGCUUCAGAUUUAGUUGUAGCUUACUUUCCCUCUCUUGUCCACUUUUAUCCCUCUCCUAGGUGCUUAUUUCUUAGUGUGGUAUCAAAUGCAAUUCAAGCGUGAUGCAAGUCAGACUUCACAUCUCUGAACUUGCUGCUUGCUGUGCCACCCAAAGAUGCACAAAGGGAAACACACUCUUCCUGCUAUCAUCCAAACGCGGAGGCUCAUGUUUCCAAAAUAGACAAGUUACUUUUGGCGGUUGUUUUAAUUUUCUAUCCUUUGUGUGAGCAAAUCAGGCUAUUUCUACAUCAUGUAAAUAGUUCAUUUCAUCAACACAUCCUUGUAUUUACAACUGAUUGGCUCAGUCUGUGGCAGUUAUGUUCUGGGCUGCUUAGGAAAUAUGUGAAAGUGGGAUUUCUUUUGGAUGUCAAGCCAGUUGCCCCUGUGCCUCAAAAUCUUUCUCAUAAUUGUGCUUCAGUUCUGAAUGCUUGGUUGGUUAAAUUUAAUGGGAUGGGGAAGGGAGGUGGUAAAAUAUCUAGCAGGUUGGGAGAGUCAGAUGCAGCCUCUGGUGCCCUGUUUGUCCCUUCCCUCAGGAGAGGUCUCUCUCAGCCUGGGAGGAGGCAGCCAUUUUGUGCCACUUCUCCACAGCAUGCCCCUCCCUGUCAUGGCUGUCACCUCCUGUGGUUCUGGAGUGGUGGGACAAGGGCCUCUUACUGAUCUGGGAGGGAUUGGAGCAAGGUGGGAAUACCUCAGUAAGCACUGUCUCCUUUUAAUAAUCUGGCUGUGGUUCUGCCUUCACCCUUUCCCUCUUCAAAACACGUCAAGGAUCUGCUCUGAUACCCAUGCAUGUUUUGCUGCCUGAGAUAGCACAUGGAGGAACCCUGGCUGGUGGCCUGGGAAGGCCUGAUGGGCCUGCUGGUGGCCAUUGCAGUGGCUACAAAAGCACGGAUGACACCUGCAAAGGAAGUGUGGGAGAACUUGUCCAGAAGUCAUUCUUCAGCAGCUGGCGGCAGCUGAACACCUUUGCCUGCGAUGUCUGUGGCAGACAUUGGCAGUCAUGAUGGCAGUGGGCCUGAGCAGCUGGAGAUGAUGAGCUACUUGCAGUGGAUCUGUGUGAGUCAGUGGUGCCUCUGGGCUCCCCUGCUCAACUGUAUCUUGAUUGUGUUGUUGGGUUGGGAACUUGGUCAGGAUGGAAGCUGUGGUUCCACUUUGAUGGCAUAGUCAGCGGUUGGUGAUUAAUUACUGGUUGGUAAUUAAUCAUAGGGCAGGUGCAGACACCCAGACUGCUGACAUUCAGCCUCUGUGGUCAGCCUGGACCCACCUUACACCGUAUGGUGGGGCCCCCAUCUCCACAUGGUGUAAGAUGAGAUCACCAACACUCCCUAUUCAUUCUUUCUAUUCUGCUCUUGGUGGUGGUGGUCAUUGCUAAAGCUACACAUGCUUUGCAUUAUCCUUUUUUGCUUCUCUGCUGCUUUUUGUUGCUUCAAAUAAUUGAGAUUUGAAGUAUUGUCACCUGGAAGCUGUUCCUACGAAUCUGGGGUCCUGCAGGAGGCUGGAAUCUGGGCUUUCUUUCAAAUAUCAGGGCCUGCUGGAAAUGGAGACCAAAUGCGCUAUGGCGAAGAUGAUUGUGGCUGCUCUGCUCUCAAGGAAUCCAAAAACAUGUAGGGCCUUAAAAAGUAGCUGGUAAGGGAACCAAGUCUGAGUGGAAGAAGAGGAAUCCAGACAUUUAUAUUUUUCUACUUUUUUUUUUCCCCUGGAGAAACAUCUGGCUUACGUAAAGUCAUUUGCUGGGUUUCUCACUGCUUUUUGGUAGCAACAAAAAUCUCUGCAUUCAGACACUCUGUACUUCUCAUCUUCUAUCUCUGCCUCAAGGGCAAACUCUUCAUAAUUUGGAGUUCUGGUUUUAUGAAGUUCACUCUUUGUUUCUGGUUGUAUUGCCUUUUUUUUUUUUUUUCUUGUAAGGAGGGCUGUAGUUUGUCUUGUGGUUUUGCCUUGUUUUUGUUUUUCUUUCUUCCUCCGGGGAGAUGAGGUGUGAUAAGCCUUGUACAAAAUGGGAGGGACCAUAUUGGUGCAUUGGUGAGACCCUGGUUACUGAUCCGGUGUUCAUGAAAGCCUUGUGCUAGCAAGAAACUGAGCUCUAAGGUUGAAUUGCAGAUGAGGCACCUUAGCAAGACAGCAUUUUUCUGUAUGGGAGACUUUCAAGGGGGAGAGAUGCUUGUGGCCUCUCUCCUGUGGCUUCUGUUCCUGCCUCCCCCAGAUGUGGCUCCAAAUUGGGCACAUCAUUUGGCUGCUUCUCUCCAGUGGUGCAGUCUCGUUCUUACUCUAAAAUUCUCUUUCCUCUCCCUGAAUGGCUGAUGUCCUGCUGCUUGGAGCAGGCAGCAGUUGUUGCAGGAUUGCCCCUGAAAGCCAAAGCAAGAUUAUCUUAAAGCUGUUCAAAGUAGGAUGCUGGAUGUGAGUUUGAAGAGAUUCUGGGUGCUUUGUCCAAAUAAAGUGUCAUCUCCUCAAACAGCGUAACAAUCAGCUCUGCUGUCCAUUCUGUCUAUGUCCUUUUCACCAUUCAUCAACUUCCUUCUGCUCCUAUCCAGGCUGUUGUCUUCAAGUGAUCCUGCACUAGAGGUUCAUGCAGCCAUGUCUUGGCCAUGCGUCCAUUUGGCAGAAAGCUGAGAGAGACGUUUGGGUAAGGCAGUUUAUUUAUUUAUUAAACAAGAAUUUUCACUAUUAAUUCAUUCCUGAAAUAGCUUUCUCUCUCACUGGACAACUUCUUCCUGCUAGAGGACAGUCCAAGCCUGUUCUGACAGGCAGUUUUUUUGCCUCACAGCUCUGACUGCUUCCUCUGUCUCUCCUUUGUGUGGGAGGUGUUUUCUCUUUAAAAACUUCUGCUGACUUCAGUGGGUGCUAGUUUGUGCCCAAACAUGCACUGAUAGUGCAGUUCAGUGCUGAAAUUUGCUGCUGAUUUUUAUUUGUGUUGCUGCAGCAUGUUUUUCUUUGCAAAGGGAAGGACUUAAGGUGGUUUGGGGAGGGGCUGGAGUGUUGUUGCAUGUUAGUAAAGGAGUGGUUCUCCACUGACUGUGUGUGCCUGGGUCCUGCAGCAGAGUUGAGAGGUAUCAGGCCAAUAGGGGUGCAAAUAAGCUGCCAAACUGUUCUGCAGAAAAGCUGUCUGAAAAAGCACAAAGCAGCCAACUUGCUCCUUUCUUGUUUUGGCAGCUGCUGAGAGUGUUCUAGAGAAAUUCCUGGUCUAGUUUUAAAUCUUGUAGAAGUGGAGAGAAAUGCAUGUGCAUGCAUGUAGCAAGACUUGCAGAUGUCAGUUAUCUUAAUAAAACAAAUCUGGUCGUGUUUGAA